UGUGGUACCCUAUGUAACACAGUGCUGUAUGUUUGAAACAGAAUCAAUCAUGAGUCUUUUCUAAUCAUAUCGUUGCACCAUCCAACACCUCGGUUAUUCAGACAUCGGGGCGGUCGUUUUCAUGUAGUUCACGGUUGGUACCACUAGAGCCUGCAAAAUGACAGCUCAUCCAUUGUAGGAUUUCUCUCCACCAUGGGUGAACUGCCCAUACAAUGAGAGUCUGUAGUCAGCCUGCGGUAACCCAGCCUUUCCGGAUUUACCACCGUACGCGCUCGGACUACUGAUAUAAUCCGCUGAACGAAAAACGCCAGUCAAGUCCUACUGGAAGUCGUGUUUCAUUUAGUUUAAUAGGGGAUCACCGCAAGAAGCCAUAAACAGUGUCUUAAACGACACUCACGAAAAGUGCUUUGCUUGAACUCCCUGGAAGUUUGCGGAUUUUCAUCUCCAAGUAAAUGGAUUAUAAUUGCGUUUAUUAUUUGGAAGAGGAUAGGAACCCUCGGCGAUACGUGCGUCUUGUUGAGGGUAUGACCGACUAAUAGCGAAAUGCAUUGGCGUGAAUCCGUUUAUUCAUUGCUGCAUGACAGUUUGUAAAGCCUUAUCUGACAUUAACAGACUGUGGAUUUGUUACACCUUACAUUGAGUUGAACACGCGCUGUAUUUUGGCGACCUGACUAGCUGCAAAGACACCACUGUGAAUAACGUUGCAUACUGGCACUCAUAACAUAAAUUGUGGAUCCUGAGAGCAAAUUUGGAUUCCAGCUUAGAUACUUUUAGAUAUAAGGAGAGGGAGGGAGACUGUUAUUUACCUGUAAUGAAUCGAAAUGUUUGUCAUUUCGAGCAUUUUCUGCUCAGCUAACAAAUAUGUUGUAAAAACGUUUUCCAAACAUUCGUUACAUCAAUAUGUCCAUGUUUCUUAAUGUAAAGUAGAAUGUCAUUCAGCGUAACGUUCCUGAAAGCGUUCUCUCAACAUAAUUUGUAUUAGGCUAACAAAUUAACAUUAGCAUAGCUCUCCUGGAAAUGCUCUCUCAACUUAAUUUGUUCUAACAGAUGACAUUAGCAAACUGGAAACGUUCUUUCAACUUAAUUUGUAUUAACAAAUUAACAUAACUCUCAUGAAAACUCAAUACAGUGCUCACAACCUUGUAUUACAAACUUGACAUUUCAGAAUAUUGUAACGUUUAUGUUUAUUUGACAUAUGACUAAGAACAUUGUGAGACAGCUAAAAUAUCAGAUGUUAAUGGUUCAUACAACUAAGAACGUUUCUAUUAAUUACGUUUCUCCUUUAAAAUAUUAAUAACAUCAUAGAACGUUUGUUCCUAGCAUUGCCUUCAGUAAGGUAUAGAAUUUUCAACUUUAAAGAAAGGGGGAACUAGAGGUCAUGGGAGAGGCAGCUCCGACCCAAGCCACUCCAAGUGGAUUUGCACCCAUGUUAGGCGUCGGGAUGGGAGGAUCAAUCACGCCAAUUGCCACUUCAAGAGGAUCAGUAGUCCCGCAGCUCCACAGCGCUAUAGUUAAACGCUUGCGUGCCAGAAUAGAGCUGUGCCGACGGCAUCACUCCACCUGCGAAAGCCGCUAUGAGCGCGGCCAGGCAGAAAACUCGGACCGUGAACAUGAGAGCACACUUCAUCUCUUAAACAUCGUCCAUCAGGGUCCCGGGAACAGGAAAACCAAGGGCAACAGAUCUGGUUCUCAGCAGCCUCCUGAAUACAACCGUGUGAAUGGUGAACAGAAAGUCCACAGUUCGACGGAGACAGAAUCCAAAAUUUCUUCGCAAAUAGCACAGGGACUGAGGAGAAAGAUUGAAGCACAAUCUCCUGGAUACAAUCCCAAGCAGAAUGGACACUCCUGUGGGGUCUCUGGAUCCGACUUCAAGCGCCUCCGUAUGGAGCCCAACCCUUUUCGAGCUGGUUCCUGUUCUAUGGCUUCAGGGCAGUCUCGAAAUUUGGUUGGGGAUGCCGCCCAGGGUAACCUGCUUCAAAGGAAGGACACCUUCAUGAUGUCCCAUGGAGUUAGCAGCGAUCUCUUCAACAUAACUUUGAGGGAUAUGAAGAAGGAGCCAAUUGAGGUUCAGACCUGCGGCCAGUCAUUGACAGAUCCUGCCAUGUUGUCAUUUGACUUCAAAGAGGAAGGAAAUGGACAGAUCGACCCAGAGCUCCAGGACUUGUUUGAUGAGCUCACCAAGUCAGUGCCAUCGCUCAAUGAUCUGGAGCUGGAGAAGAUGCUAAAGCAAGAUGAUGACUUUGGAUUGGAUCUGGGCCGACCCAGUUCAGUUGGUGCAGCUCCUCCUUGUAUUCACCUAGAUAAGCCAAUCAAGACAGAGUAUUCACCAGAUUUUAGCCAGACAGCUGGAGGAUCUCCACAGUUAAGACCAUCUUCCGCUGGACCUUCCUUCUCCAUGGCCAACACAACUUUAUCAACCUCACCAAUCACUUCAGAGCAGAUGAAUCAUGGUCAGUUACCUACUGGGGUGCCUUCUAGAGGUCUUUCAACAUGGCCUGAGAUGUCACAUGCUGAGCAGCUAAAGCAAAUGGCUGCUAACCAACAACAGCCCAACUCUAUGCAUCGUAACCACCAACAGAGUCAAGCAGGAGGGGCGAGGAACUGGUCUUCAGCCUUGGAUGUUCACCAAACCCCUACUUCUUUCAAUCAGGAGACUAUUCAAAAUAAUGCUUCCCUUUCUCAGCAGAGAAUCAGCUCUCAGAGUACUGGUCAAGCCAAAGGCAUACCCAACUGCUUUCUCAAGCCCAAUGGAUUCAACCCCUCCCAUCACAUCGACUCAAAGGUUCUCGGCAGUAAGCCACUGCAGAAUUUCAGGCUUAAAGCACCACCUUCUACCACAGGCCAACAGAUGCCCCUUAUGGCUGUUACACCAAACAAAGCAGCCAUGCAACAGCAGCAGUGCUCUACAGCAGGCCAGUCCAUGCACUUUCAGAACUGCCAGCUGCCCAUACAGCCUUCAUCCUGUCUACAAGCUAAGCCCCUGAGUCAAAGGCCUCAACUCUGUCAGCAUGGUCCAGCAAUCAAUUUCAAAUUGGCACAGCAGAGACAGGGUAUAUUACCAGGACCUCGUUUACCAGCAAAUGGUCGACCUGUAGAUAUAACUGGGCAGGUCCAACAGCAGAGGUCAGCUGUUCUUAAUUCACAGAAAAAUCCAGGCCAGGACCAGAAUAUUCAGAGACAACUGGGCCAGUCACAGCACAGCGUCACUGAUAUUGAAAAACUGAGCACACAAGAUCAGUUUAGUCGUCAUCUCACAAGACCUCCACCAGACUACAAACAACCACGCAAUGGAGUUGGAGCUCAGCAGCCAAGCUUAUACUCAGGCAAUGGGUCAGACCAAAGUAAAAUCCAACCCAUGUCUUGCCACCUGCCCAAUGGACAGGCUACCAAGAUGGUGCUUAACUCAGGAGAGCGAAGGUUUCCCCUUGGACAAGACCCUAAUCCAAGACCCACACAGGCUCAAGCUUGCGCAAGCCAGCUACGACAGCAACCCAACAGCCUGACCCAAAUGAGCCUUCAGCAAAACAAGCCUCAGUUCCAUGGGACUAACAACCAGGGUGCCACUUUCCAAUCUAGCACUCAACAUGCCAGGACAAGUGUCAGUCAAGAUGCCAUGCUGGGACAAAAACUGUCUGAAAUGACCUCCAAUACCAACAGGAUGGACACUGCUUUGGGCUGGGCAACUAGUGCCAAACAGUGUGGGACGCUAUCAGGGCUGGAUGUCAAAAGGCUCCCCAAUGUAGUGGCACCCCAAAGUAACAGUAAUUUCCCCCCAAGGCCUAUUUGUCCACCCAACCAGGUGGCACCUCACUCUAGCCUGCUACCUAUAAACACUGCAAUAAGAGGUUCUGCUCCCAGAUCUAGCCAGCCCAGAAUACCCCCGUUACCUGGGGUCACUUGCCUGAAUCAGUCCACUGCUGAACAGCAAGGAUGCCUGACCCCAUUUGCAGGGAUGAGCCAAAGCCCAGCAACCUAUCAGAACAACCGGGCAGGGCGGCUGACCUUUGACUUCUUACAGGAGGACGAUAAUACGGUACCCGGGAUCAAUGCAGACUCUGAUUUUAUCGAAUCCCUGCUUAAAUCGGGUUCAGGCAAUGACGAUUGGAUGAAAGACAUUAAUCUGGAGGAAAUUCUAGGAGGUCAUUCAUAAACAGACUCAAGGCACAAGAAUUUUGGCGCAGCAUUUUGCUAGAAGCCGGAAGUGAUAGGCCUUUUAAUAUAUUUUAUUAUCUUUGUAUUUCUGUGGAAAACUUUAUUAUACUACUAUAUUGUUGGGUUGUUUUUUCAUAUCAUCUACUAACAUAUUGUAAAGUCUAAUGUUCAUGGUGUCUUUAAGGGAUCACCCAAAAAUGUUAAGUCUGUCAUAAUAUUUACUCAACCUCAUGUCAUUCCAAAUCUGUAUGACUUCCAUCCGUGGAACACAGAAAGAAAUGUUAAGCAGAAAGUUAGAGACUGAUGACCUGGGUUUGAAUAAAUGAAGACAGAUUUUAAAGUAACUGCACACUACCCCUGUAAAUCCAUACAUUCCAGUAGGGAUGAACGAUUAAUUGAAAUAAACUCUAAAUUGCGAUAUGACGUUAGGCGAUUAUCAAUCCUCAAAGGCUGCGAUUUAAUUAAAUAAAUAAGUAGCUUGCACGCACUGCUCGCUGUAUGUGCGCUGCUCUGUUUGAGUACUGUAUAAUCAGACAUACGCACGCGUGAGGCUAAUGAGAUGAGUGCGUUAUAUUUACAGUGCUCUAGAUUCACUAACUGCAACUUUGUGUUAUUCCAAAUAUGCUUGGCCACUUAAAGUUACUAUCCAAAUCUAAAGUAACCUCAUAACACUGUGAUUUUGUGGACAGAAGAGUGAAUGAGAGCAUUUCUCUGCAUUAAAAUGCCUUGUAAACUCUCCUACAAAAGGAAACGCCUUCCUUCAGUGUUCCGCUAAAAUAAAAGCUUUCGCCAAUAUUAAGGCUUGUGGAUUUAAUCUGACCACAUAGCUGUCACAUUCAGGUUAAGAAAAUAUAUCAUAAAUAUGGUACUGUUAAUGAUGAAAAGUGGGCUGUGACCCUAAUACAAAGUGGACAUAAACACAUACACAGUGAACAGAUACAAUGUGAAGAGAAUGUGAAUCUGUCCCCACCCCCUCUAUCUUUCGCUGUAUUUUUUAUUUAUUUUUUAGUCUGGUUCUUUUUAAGAGGACUCAAGUGUGAACACCCUUUCUUAAACAGUAUUUCUAUUGGCAGUAGAGCAUGUUUGCCCAUGUCUUAAUUUUUUGUCAAAAAUAAACACUUUCUGUUUUUUGUUUUUUUAAAUGUUAAUCAUCAUUUAAACAUUAAUUCAAAUUGCAAUCUCAGUAUUUUUCAAAAUAAUCACAAUUAAUUUUUUUGUCCAAAUCGUUCAGCCCUACAUUCCAAUCAUCACUCAAAAAUGUUGUGAGAUAUCAGUUAGAGUCUUAGUUUCUAAUCCAUUAUCACAGAGGUUAAUAUAAGAAAAACUGUGACUGGUGUCUGUCAUAUUUGAGCCACUGAGCAUGAUACCAACACUAAAUGAGCAAAAAAUUUGAAUUUGGCAAGUAUUUGGCUUAAUCUGGCUCUCGACGUUCCAGGUUAUACACCCUGGAAAAGAUUAAAUGGAUUGUGGAAAUGGAUGAAAUUGAGUGCAACAGUGCCCACCCACUUUUUUAAGUAAUCUUGGUUCCGGAAGUAUUUUUCCCAUUACUUUUUUUUUUUUUCAUAGGGAUUUCAUAAAAUCAUUAAUAAAGAGUUCUAAGCCAUGAACCAAACCAACCAUCUCCGAGGUGAAUCACAACAUUACAAACUUUGAUUUGGCACAAAAAAAAAAUUGAAAAUCGGACAAAAAGUCUAAGGGACAAGACUGUGUUUAUAUUUGUUUGCCGCGAUAGACUGCGAUAGAACUUUUCACACUUCUGGGUUUUAGAAUGUGGAAGUUAACUAUUGCCAGGUACACCUCUAUAGCUGUGAAUGUGAGACCACAGAAAAUAUUAUUUUUGCUUAUCCUUUUGCUUCAACAGCAAAAUAAAAAAAUCAAAUAUUACAUUUCCACGACUUUUCACAUGAGUAAAAAUAUAGAGAGCAGUGGAUUACAAAAGUCAGAGGAGAGAAGAAGCCAAAUUUUCUGUCACUUCCUCAGCAGCUGUUUUAGAAACCCCAAGGCAGAUGUGGUAACUAUUUUUUUCCAGGGUAAUUUAAUACAAAGCUUAAUGUUAAAAAUGUAUACAAUACUAAAAUUGUAUAAUAAAUAUAUAAAAAUUUGCUUAAUGUUACAUUAAUGCUACCUUUGUGUGCUAUCAAAAUUAUCUGUAAAUACGAGUUUCCCACUCGGAAGUUGCACAUAAAUAACCCCUUGAGUCGUAAUUAUGACUGGGAAUCUCGAAGAUCAUUUUGAUACCCGAGUUUCUGAGCUUAGAGGAGAUGUACAUUUUCAACUUGGCGGAGGAGAGUACAGUUUCUGUAGUGAAUGACAAUGACAGGUUUUAAUGUUAAUUUUCUAAAUACAGCUAAUUGCUAAUGCUUGCCAUUUCUGUCAUAUUCAUUUACAGUGCUGUGAAAAAUGAUUUGCCCCCAUCCUGAUUUCUUCUGUUUUUGUGUGUAUCUCAUACUAAAUUGUUUCAAAAAUUCAAACAAAAUCUAACAUAAAACAAAGGCAAUCUGAGUAAACACAAAAUACAAUUUUGAAAUAAUAAUGUUAUUUAUUGAAGCAAAAAAUGUUAUCCAAUACCAAUCAGGCCUGUGUGAAAAAGUUUUUGCCCCCUUAGUUACUAAAUCCCCAAAUCUAUGAAACUGCAUUCAUAAUGGGGUUCAGCUGGACUAGACACACCCAGGCCUGAUUACUGCCAGCACUGUUCAAUCAAAUCAACACCGAAAUAUAACAUUUUCAGCAGCAUGAUGUUGUCUAAAAGUCUCACCCAGUAGCACACUAUGCCAAGGUUGAAAAAAAUUCCAGAAAUGAUGAGGAAAAAGGUUCACAGUCUGGGAAGGGUUACAAAGCUAUUUCAAAGGCUCUGUUACUCCAAAGAACCACAGUGAGAGCCAUUAUCUCCAAAUGGAGAAAACUUGGCACAGUAAUGAACCUUCCCAGAAGUGGUCGACCUUCCAAAUUCCUACAAGAGCACAGCGACGACUCAUCCAGGAAGUCACAAAAAAGCCAAGGACAACAUCCAAGAAACUGCAGGCCUCUCUCGCAUCAAUAAAGGUCACUGUUCGUGACUCCACUAUCAGAAAGUCACUGGCCAAAAAUGGCAUCAGUGGAAGAGCGGCGAGUUAAAAACCACUGCUAACCCAGUAGAAAAUUAAGGCUCGUCUGAAUUUUGCCAAAACACACCUUGAUGAUCCACAAACACCUUGAUGAUCCUCAAACCUUUUGGGAACAUUUUCUGUGGACUGAUGAGUCGAAAGUGGAACUGUUUGGAAGACAGGUGUCCCAUUACAUCUGGUGUAAAUCAAACACAGAAUUCCACAGAAAGAACAUCAUACCUAUGGUCAAGCAUGGUGGUGGUAGUGUGAUGUUGUGGGGAUGCUUUGCUGCUUCAGGGCCAGGGCGACUUGCAGUAAGUAAAGGAAACAUGAAUUCUGCUCUCUACCAGAAAAUCCUAAAGGAGAACGUCCGGUCAUCAGUCCAUGAGUUGAAGCUCAAGCACAACUGGACUAUGCAGCAAGACAGUGAUCGAAAGCAUAGGAGUAAGUCCACCUCUGAAUGGUUCCAAAGAAUCUAAAUUAAGUUUUUGGAGUGGCCUAGUCAAAGUCCUGACUUGAACCUGAUUGAGAUGCUGUGGCAGGACCUUAACAGGCAGCUCAUGCUCAAAAACCCUCCUAUGUGGCUAAACUAAAGCAGGUCUGCAAAGAAGAGUGGGCCAAAAUUCCACCAGAGCGUUGUGAAAGACUGAUUUCCAGUUAUCGGAAGCGUUUGGUUGCAGUUGUUGCUGCUAAAGGUAGCACAACCAGCUAUUAAGUUUAAGGGAGCAGUUAGGUUUUCACAUAGGUGAUAUAGGUAUUGGAUAGCUUUUUUACUUCAAUAAAUAACAUUAUCAUUUAAAAACUGUAUUUUGUGUUUACUCAGAUUGCCUUUGUUUUAUGUUAGAUUUUGUUUGAAUUUUUGAAAACAUUUAGUAUGAGACUUACACAAAAAAAGAAAUCAGUAGGGGCAAAUACUUUUUCACAGCACUGUAUGUAUUUCAGCAACCAUUUGAUGCAUGUUCUACAUUUUUACACCGUGAAAAUAGCUUGUAUUGGACCAAAAUUCCAUUAUCGUCAAGCUAACUGAGUAUUAUGUAUUAUGGUAUCAAAAUAAAUGUUCCUCAAGAAAUAUGUAUGAAUGAGCCUGGCAUCGUCCAUUUUUCCUGUUCUGUCCAAUAACAAAGCACUUGAAUGCAACAUACUCAGAAUGACCACUUCAGAAGUGAGAAGUAGGAUAAUUCUGAUAGCACAUGAAUGCAGCAAUACGCUGCUAAGGCGUAAACUCGUCCUCACAGUCUGUAAAAAAAAAAAAGGUCUAUUCUUUUAUUGGUGGAUCUUUUUUCUUCAGGAACAUAUGUUUUGUAGUUCUUCACCAGGAAUUCUGCUAUUAAACAUUUUUUUUUUUUUUUUUUAUGAAGUUGAAGUAACGCAGACUGAUAGCUAUAACAGAAGCAUAUACCAUCAAUUAACAAGUCAUGGUAGGUCUGUCUUUAAAGAUUUUACAUUAUCGUUAAAAAUAAAUUUGUCUAUAGAAAAAAUGAAUGCGAUUUUUACUUCUGUAACCAGCUGUUGUGCUCUACUGUUGCACUUAAUAUGAAAAAUUCAGAUCUGUUUUGACUUAACUCUUAAAUUACAUCAACGGGUAUUAAAAACAAAAAGCUAUUCAUAAUAAAAGAUGGUUUGGUUAUUUUUGCUACAACUAAAAGAAUAAAAUAUGUUAAGGGAACCUAUACUCAGUUAGAAUAUUAAAAGAUACUGAAGAUAUAUAAAAAGUCAACAUUCUUAAAGCACAGUAAGUUUUAAAAGGUCUUUUUGGUAGUAUUUGAUUUAUCCAUCUGUACAUAUAUACAUAAGUAUAUGAAAUUAUAUUUUUUCUAUUUCUUUUCUAUUCUAUAAUUCGCUAUCAUUCUUCCAUAAAUGUGUAUAUCCUAUUAUGUCAGUUUAGCCUUUGGUAAUAAACUUUAUCAAUGUAGAAACUUUUCAGCACAUUUUGGGAAUUCAUUUGCUGGUUAAAUCGAAAUGUAAAAUAUUAACAUUUCUAAAAUAUUGUUGUAGAUGUGGCCUGGUGGGAAAUGCUCUUGCUCCACUGUGUGAUAGUGCUUAGCUCAACCUUAAUAUUCUGCAUUGUUUCCUUUCACAACUGCACUGUCCUGUCUAAUUAGGCAAAAAAAAAAAAAAAAAAACAUAA